GUCGUGGCGCCAGUGUCGGCAGAAAAUAAGCUCGCCCAAAGGUACCCUCGACUGCAGUAGCCCGGCAUCCGUCGGCGCUGCGGCCAGGGUUUCGGAAAAAUAUAAGAGCGGUGUGCUUUUAUUACGUUCGUUCAUUCGCGAACUCGCGAGACGAUUGCGUCGAGAGAGAGAGAGAGAGAGAGAAAAAGGAAGGAUAGAGAUAUAUAAGUGGAAAGGUGAGACCACGAAAAAGGAUAGAAGAUAAAGGAAGUCCGUUUGACAUGAGGAUUGUCUCGAAGAAAUAACCCUCUUGUUAAUUAAUCAAAUGGUUAAUUAAUCAAAGUGAGACAUAGACGGACAAAUGCUCACCGUGAAUAGUAGUAUCGCGUAGUGAAGAGAGGAGAAGCCGGGUGGACGAGGGGAAGAAGGUUGGACGCGCGAGGGCAGCCCAGAAGGGAGAAAGAGAGAAGGAGAGAGAAAGAGAACGAAAGAGAAAGAAAAAGAGAGAGACAGAGAGAACACAGGAUGCGGGGGCACAGGAAGAGGGCGCCAAGCCCCGUCAAUUUCUCUUCUUCUUCUUCUUCAUAGGGGGUACCGUUUCCUGCAAAAAAUAAGAAAAAAAUAAAAAAAGAAAACAAGAAAACAAGAAAAAAAAAGAAAAGAAAUAAAUUAAAAGAAGAAAGAAAUAGCUCUCGAGCUUUUACCUUCUACUUUCGACCUACGUCGACACACGUCGUCUCAUCUCGUCUCGUUUCUUAACGUAUCAUUUCGCGUCUCGUUGUCCUGGGAAAAACGAAUAUUUCUUUUCGUUCGAACUUUACCAUAUCCGCUAAUUCGAAUCCUUUGAAAUAAAAAGAUAUUUUUAGAAACGAUUAGAAAUCUUCGAUUCCCUUUCGUUUACGAUGCAACGCAUACUUUCUUUCCUUUUCGAGUUUAUUACAUUUUAUCGACCUGCGUUAUCAAAACGUAAGUUCACUUUAAUACGAGUUUCCUUUCGUAUGUUUUAGAAAGAAAUCGUUUUCUAGCUCAUCGAUUUUUGUCCUUUUUCUUUUUUAAAUAGUUUAAGUUGUAGUGGCAAUGUCGAGCAAAUAACGUAUCAACUCUUUUCUCGUUAUUUUCAUUUCGUUUUGAUAUUAAAUUAGAAACGUUUUGGUCGUUACGUAAAUGUCAGGUAUAUGUAUGUAUACAUAUAUAUAUAUAUAUAUAUAUAUAUAUAAAUAUAUACAUAUAUAUACAAGGUAUAUGUAUGUAUAUAUAUUUGUACAUACGUAACGAUGUAAUGAAAGCGUGCUCUGCGUGCUCCACUUUCGAGUCGGCCGAACGCGUUGACACGCUCGAUCGAGCGUAAUGAAUUAGUUGUGGCUUUACAUACCUCCAAAUCCGCGGGACCAAUCCGUUUCUUCGUUAGAAGGCAACGGAAGAAAAAGAAAUAAAAAGUAACGAGGAUCCAAGGAAAUACUUGACCCCAAAAAUAAAACGAUAAACGAUGAGCUUAAUACGCCAAUCAAGGAAAUCUUGAAUAUUUCCUUGCCGCGUUGGCCGUAUAAUCUGUUCAAAUUUAAUCCUGAUCUUCUUUUAAAAAUAUCUAAUCAAUGUAAGUCCCUUCGCUGAUCAAUCUACGUCGUUUAACUUGUUUCUUGAAAGCUCGAAGAAACAUUGAGAAACACAAGACCAAGACGAUCCUAUAAAAUCAUUUUUGUUUUAAGUGUCCCUUUUUAUUUCUUUUCUUUUCUUUUUUUUUUGUUUCUUCAAAAGCGAAAGAGCUCAAGAUUUCUUUCAGUAGCGAAGAAAGAAUUUGAAAUAUGAGGCAGUAAAGUAGAGAUCUUAAAGGCGAUCUGUAAACUCGAGCUAUAUGGAGAGCUCGCAGAACAUCGCUUUAUUAGAUAUUGCAUAUCUCUCUCUAUUUCCAUCUAUAGAUUAUUUACCAAAUAUCGAUAUUCACUCGUUUAUACAUAUCUACAUAUCUACAUAUCUAUAUAUACAUAUAUAUAUAUAUAUAUAUAUAUAUAUAUAUAUAUAUAUACAUAUAUAGGAAAAAAAGGAACGAUAAAAGGUUCAAUGAUAUCAUAAGAUUCGAUCAUUGGAAUAUCACGUAUAUCUCGAUACAAAGGAAUACAUUUAAUCGAUCAAAUUAAUCAAUCGAUCUCGAUGCACAACUCAUUGACUAAAUUCUUGUCGUCAAUGUCGAAAACAAAAAAAAAAAAAUAAAUAAAAUAACAAAAUAAAAAUAAAAAAAUUAUUAGAAAAAGAAAACAAAAAGAAAAUAUAAAAUAAAAUAAAAGAAAAACGUAUCCCUCUUGGCAGAAAGGUCGAAAGUACGAUAGGAUAUCAAUUCGAGAAAUUUUGGAGAUAAAGGAGCGUCUCAUUUAUUUAUAUACAUAUACAUAUAUAUAUAUAUGUAUAUACGUUUCAAAAAAAAUUAAAAAAAAGAAAAAGAAAAAAAGGAAUAAGAAAGAAAACAAUCCCGUCCAAACGCAGAUCUUCUGCUUCGCCUCUUCGACGUCUUGUGUAACGGCGGAGCUGAAUACAACGAGUCGAGGACGACAAGGAAAAGAAGGAAUCUCCUUACUGAAACGAGCACUGCCGUUUGUUCUCCGACAUGGCGGACGAAAAGGAGAAGCAGACGUUCCUGCAGAAAUUGCUGUUCUACACGACCGCGUUCUUCAUCCUCCUCAGCACCUUCAGCCUCUUCGCCUUCCUCUUCUUGGUCCCCUUCGUCAUCGACCCCGCCUUCACUACUAUCUUCAUGCAGUUCGACACUCGGCCCGCCGAGUGUGUCACCAUCGACGUUGAGUCCAGGAGAGGUACGAGCAACUGCUCAUGGACAUCAUGUAGAGAGGGUUGCACCAAGGAGUUGUAUGAUUGCACGCAAAUACGCGUCAACUACAAGCUACCGAUUAAUACAUCCUCCGAGGAUGAAGCUGGACCAUUUGAGGGAGGCAGAGCGGUAGGAGGUGUCGAGGACGACGAAGACAGUACGAGGUUUAAAAAACCGCGUUAUGAACGGGCUCCCAGAGACUACGAUUACAUCGAAGAUCUCGACGAUGAAGAUUUCGCUGAGGACGACGAUGCAGGACUGCCGAAACCCUUCCCUACAGGUCUCAUGGGCAACGACUCCGAGUGGUACUUCACUGGGGCCAAGCUGUUCCCGAACGUAAAAGGCUGUGGAUACCCUCCAGUGCUGAAUUGCAGUAUUUUCUACCAGCAGUAUGCCAACAUAGGGCAUAACUUUAGCUGUUACUACUCCAAAGUGGAUCCCGGAAUAGUCAUCAGCGAACUCGACAUGUGGCAGGUGUAUAUGAACCUGGUGUACGCAAUGGCAAUUCCGAUACCGUCUUUCAUAAUCUCGGUGAUAUACCUCACCAUCGCCUACUUCAAGAUCUACAACGAAGACGAGGAGGCCCUUGUUGGCGGGGAGGAAGGAGAGGAGGGCGCCGAGGGCGAUGGAAGCAACGGUACGCCUCUGCCGCCCACGAGCGGUGCCCUUACGCCUGGAAGCGAAGCUUUUAGGGAGGACUUGGCGAGUUUCGGUCAUCAGCUCAAGGUCGCGAUGGCUGAUGACAUCAGUAGGGAGAGUCUCGAUGGCAUACCCAACUCGCUCUCGGUUCAGGGUUUAACGAUGCCGGCAAUAUCUGGGGUGAAAAUUAAUCGACAUAAUGACGUAUCCUUUAUCGUUAGAAAUAACAAUCCUCAUACCCCAUAGAAACUUGAAGCAUAUGUAUAUGUGUAUUUGCGUGCUGGCGCGUAUGUGUAUGUGUGUGUAUGUAUAUCCUAUGCACAUACAUACAUAUACAUUGUAUAAAGAAGUAAAACGGCGACGUGCUGUCUAUCGUGAAACACUCCAAUCGCGCACACGCACACACACACCAUCGUUCCCUAGCCACGUUUUAUCCCGAUUCUGUAUUCUAUAUACCGGGUGAUUUUUGAGUACUUUUAUAUUUUUCCUCUGAUUGAAAGAAUUAAUCGAAAGGAAUAGAUAAUUUCGAGAACACCAAAUUUGCUAAAAUAUAUCAUGUCAGUUUAAUCAACGAUUGUGUGUAUAAAAAAAGAGAUACGAAAAAAAAGAAGAAAAACAAAGGGACAGAAGAAGAUAUUUUAUUGGCUUAUACACUUGACUCUAUGCCAAUGACUGCGGUAUUUUAUCCGAAUGGUUAAUUUAGUAAGAUCGAGUGAAGUAAAUUAUUUAUUUUCUUUUAUUUUUUUUUUUGUUUUUUUAUUUUUUUUCCAACGAGAUCAAACCUAUCGAUCGUCUGGUACAUAAAGUCUUUGCUAGAAUUUCCCGUCAUAAAAAAUACUCAAGCUAAACCUUCAUGAACGACAUCGAGGGGUAAAACUUUAUACAUUUUUAAAAGCUACUUCGAUCGUCGUAGAUGAGAAGAAAGGCCACCGUCGCGUCGAUAAUUUCGCGAGGAACGAUUUAACGCAUGAACACGGUAUACUACUUUACUUGAUGCUUAUUUGUGAGGGACAACAGAAAAAGAGAACAGAUACGUCCUAUGAACAGAGGUCAACUUGAAUGCAUGUGUUCUUCUUUUGUUCUGGAAUUCUCCAUCAUAUAUUUUUCUGUCUCUCUCUCUCUCUCUCCCUCUCUCUCUCUCUCGCUCGCUUACUCUCUUUCUUUGUUCAAUCUAUUCUGGAUACCCCAAGGAACAAUCAAUCCUUCUUUCUACGAUAUAACCAAUUUCCACACAGAAAUUAAUACCGUUUCGUAUGGAUCUUCAAGAUUCAACGACUCCACAAGAAUUAUCUUUGAACGAGGAAUUUCCAUUCUAUUUGUACAUGUAAGAUCGUCGAUUCUCUAGAAUGAGGAUAACUAAGAGGAAGAUAAUAUGUACUGACAAAGAUAAAUUGAAAUAUAUAAUAAAUCGAGAUAGAGAUAUUUGGAGGAGAAAAAAGAAAGAAAAAUGAAAACUAACCAACCAUUUUUAAAUUAGACUGUCCUCCAUCUAAAAGUACUUGUUCUCCUUUCUCUCGAAAGCAUUCGGUUUCACGAGUGCUGCCAACGCCCAAAUCGGAAUACUAAUUUCUCCUUUGAAAAAUCGAUGAAUAUACGCGACGAUAAAAAGAUAUUAACAAUCUGUCUUUAUAAUUGUUACUUUAACAUGAUAAUUGAAAUAAAUCGCUUACGAACGUACACUAGAUAUACCAAUUGUCCUAUUUUUAAAUAAAGCGACAUUUCACAUUAAAUAAAAUAAUUACGGUCGCAACUAAUUUGCAUGCAUAUAUAUAUAUAU